GAGGGAGAACAAUGUGUCUGCGGCACGCCUGAGGGAGAGGGGGUGGUCGGAUCACACCUCUAAUCUCGUCGCCCAUUGGAUUUCGAGAAGCCGUGAAAGGGGAGAGUGGCUGGGGGCGGCAACUGGUGCGAUUAAAUCGGGGUGCCAUGAGAUACGCCGGCGCACCGGAUUCCGUGAACCGGAGAUCGCUUCUCGGAGUGAAGGAGGCCGCGCUGACCGGACGAAAACCGCCGGCCCCUGGGACCGCUGGUCCGGUCUCCGAUCGCGACUGGUGGGCCUUCUGAUCAACCCGAAGUGUGGGGUUUCUGGUCUUGUGCGUUUCCUUUUCCUGUUUUUGGAAUUCUUUUCUUCAGCAGGUAUUUUUCGGAUUUCAAAUCAUCUUUCGCUGUGACAAACGGGGGGCAUGAUCUAAGGAAUUCCUUUUCAUGGUGAUGCUGGUUUCGGCGUACUGAAUUUGGAACUCUUUAUCACGACUUACGUUUUCGGGGAUUGGCACUGAAACUUUGCGUUACUGGGAGUUAUUAAAGAAUGUGGGACGAAGUUUUAUUUGGAUAGCUGUUGAAAGUAGGCGCUAAUAGAAAUUAUGUUUUGAAUUCAGCUGCUUCAUUUGGUCUCCACCCCUUUUUAUGGUUUGGGUAUCAUAGGUAUAUCCGUCCAUCGUCAACCUUUUAGUUCCAUUGGUUAUAAUUGAUAGACAUCACACAAUUGCACGUUAUGGCGCAUUCAGACUCGGGUAAAGCAGAGCAGAUCAUUUCCGAGUUUUACUUGAAAAGCCUGCAAAUAAUACUGGAAUCGAGGAUCCCUUGUAUACGUUCUCAAUAUCAGAACACUGACCAUUGCGUGUCAGGCUCUUCCCGUUCAAAGCGGAGGGACAAAUGGUUCAGUCUGGCCGUUGGAGAAUGUUUAAUGGCUGCAGAGUGCAUGAAUAUGUGGUACAAGAAUGUUGGAGGUCCACUGGUCUUAGAUGUAAUUCUUGUUCAGGAAACAGGAUCAGAAGGGGAAGGCUCUAGUUUGGGUGUUGGACGACUAUUGAAGCAGAACUCUGUGGGUGUGUCCUCUCCUAGGGGGCAGCCUCUGAAUUCCUGGGGCGUUGGAAGUGAUAAUAUUACUUCAUCAAGAACAAGCAAGCAGACAAUCAUAGAGAGAUGGGUUCUUCAGUGUGAAUCUCUAAGGGGAAGCACUAGGAAUUUUUCAUUGGGUAAGAUAAGGGCAGGUGGUGGAAAUGCAAAGUAUGAAGACGGAAGCACUAGUGGACGGAGUAAUACUGGAGGGAUUGAGGUUGGAUCGCCACAGAUGUCCACACAUUCUAUUGAUGGACACCCUGUCAUUAAGCGGAUGUAUAAGAGGCUAACUAUAAGUUUGCGUUCCAUCUAUGCGACUUCAAGACUCCUGCCUGCCUAUGGACUUUUUCGAAUGCUUAACACCACAAACAAUGUCAGCAAUUUUAAUCUUAGCUACAAAGUUUCGUCCUUUUCAGAACCUUUUUCACGCACAGAAGAGGAGUUAAUGAAGCUGUUCAAUUUCUCCCCUUUAGAGACACCUUUUGGUCAGCUCAAUGCAUCUGUAUGGUACCGCACAUGCCUCUCAGAUUUGAAUAUUGAGUCUUCCACACUGAUAGCACCACAGAUAAUAGUAGACUAUGUUGGUAGUCCUGCUGCCGAUCCUCUGAAGAUAUUCUCAUCUGGAUCACCUGCUCAAUCUAUGGAUAGAUCUGGUCGAGCCACUUCUUUUCCAGUACAACAGUUCAAGUCACCUUCUUCUGCCCCAUUUCAGCGUCCUCAUAGUUGGACAAGUGGUCUUCAUAGAGCUGCCCCAUAUACCCACACAAGCUCAUCCCCAUCAAAUCCUCUUGCUACAUCCCCCUCACCGUCCACAUCAUCAGAUGCUAAUGUUUCACCUUCAAGUUUAUAUAUGCAUCAAAACAGAUAUCAUAAUCAUCAUCUGAUAGGUAAUUCCCCUCCUAUAAGCUCACAAAUGAAUGCCCAACGAUCUUCAUCAUUUAGUAGUAGAUCUUUAGCUCAUAAGAAGGUUGUGAAUACAGAUGAGUACUGGCCCUCACCUCCAUUUUCACCAUCUUCUUCCCCAUCUCCACCAACAAAUUCAUCUGGUCGUAAUCUAUUAUUGUCUCGUGAUUCUCGUAGACGUUUUGAAAGUGCUCCUGUGAGCAUUCCUCAGCCUUUGUCUGGUCGAAGUCCAGGAUAUCCAACCUCAAGCUCGUCUGAAUCAAACAGGUUUCCUCUCCCACCUCCAUCCCCUAAGUUUUCGAAGCCCGAGAGUUUCUCUCAGGACGAUAGCAGUAGGGCUUCCAUUGGCAACAAUUUAGGAUAUCAGGAAUAUUCUGAAAGUAAAAGCUUCAGGAAGCUGGAUUCUCUAAAACCAGGGGAAUUUUACCCAGGCACCACAAACCUGCAUAUAUACUCUGGUUCAAAGGUGCUCAAAGAUUGCAGAGAUGAUUCUGGUCGGUUCUCAGGAAUGGUGUCUUCCAGCAGCUCACCACGCAUUGGAUUUUCAAGGAGCUCAAGCAGGGUAUCUUUCCAAGAUGAGCUAGAUGAUUAUGAUUUUUCAUGUCCAUUUGCUGUGGAUGAUGUUGAUGUGUCAGAUUCUCCGAAAAGGAGUGCUGACAGUAAAGAAUCUUCAGAUCCUGCACAAGUCUUCCUUCCAGCAAGAAAGUCACAAGAUGCGGCUGUUGGCAUGCUUGUACACAUGCUAAGGACCGCGCCACCUCUUCGGCAAGAUCGCAGCUACUAUUCUCAGGCAUCUAGAUCUGAGUUUGAUGGUGGUGACCUUAAUGACAUUGGAGCAUCUGGGUUUCUCAUCUCCCGGAAGGCUUCUGAUGCACUGGAAGAACUUCGUAGCUACAAGGCCAUGAAAGACCUGCUUCUUUCCCAGAGUAGGAUUCAACCAUCAGAUCACUGAAGCAGUCAUGGCGACAGUAAGCGGUUACACAUUGGUUGUGGCUUUGGAAGGAAAUCGGAUCGAACUUCUUACGUAAAUUGAGCUGAUAAAGGGGUGUGUUUUGCCUACCAAUCAAGCAUCUGUAAAUAUUCUGCUGCUGUAUUCGAAACCUCACUGUUUUAAUGCUGACUGCCCAUGGUCUUCUGUCCAA